AGCAGAUGUGGGGAUGUGACCAUCAGCGGAGGAAUUUGGAGAGCUGGUGACCAUGCAGGUGGAAAGGACGCCCGAAAUAAACAGAUAAAUAGGGUGGAAACGAGGGGGGCUGUGGAUGCAGAUAACAGCACAACACGACACCCAUCAGCAAGAUUUACAGUCCAGUCGCCUUUGGUUGUGUUGGUGGUGGAUUAAUAACCAGUCAUAAAGAGGUGGGAGGGUGAUUGUGUGUUGCAGAGAGGACGAGAGUGAAGGCACUGAUAGAGGAAAGAAAAGAGAGAGGGGGAGUGUGUAAAAGAGAGAGAGGGGAGUAGAUAAAGCCGGCGCCGGGAUCAUGAGCUCUGCACUGCCGUACGAUUCAUUGUCAGCUCGGCCGAGUCCCAGCAGACGAGCCUUGGACUGGGAGCGCGAGCAGCUAGCUGUGCGAAGACUGUCCUCCCCACGAGGUCUCGACCUGCUCACUCCUCCUCCUCUUCCUCGUCGACCUUCUGCCAUCCCGGGCUACCUGCUAUCGCCGUACCAAGAGCACGAGGAGCAGCUCCAACAGCAGCAGCAGCAUUCUCGACUAUCCCUGUCUGUGUGCUCAGAGGCCUCCCUGGCGCCCCCUGCACCUCCACCUGUGGGUUCUGCCCCACCCUGCUGCCGCCCAGUGGGAGUCAUGCACCUCCUGCGCCUGGGUCUCCUGGCUUUCAGCUGCCUCUUCUGGGCGGCCGGCUUGGCCCUCUUCACCCUGGGUGUGUGGGCUCAGAUUUCACUGGCAGACUACAUGCUGUUGUCCACCAACCGUUACCCCAACGCCCCGCUCAUCCUUCUGUCCACAGGUGCCGCUGUCACCACCUGGGGCUUCUUGGGUUGUCUGGGGGUGGCUGCAAACCUGCCCUGUGUGCUCAGGGCUUAUGGGUUCUUUCAACUUGCUGCUCUUAUAGCCGGUUUGGCAGCUGGACUCUCGGGCCUCUUCUACCGUGAAGAUAUUGCUGGAGGAUUUCGCAGCGGCUUACAGCGAGCGGUGGCCGGCUACACAGAGGAUGAGGGCCGUGCCGAUGCUCUAGACAGCCUGCAGAGGGCCCUGGAGUGUUGUGGAGCUGACGGCUGGCGUGACUGGCUCACUUCAGACUGGGCCAUCCAACACAUGACCUUCCUGCCCCCUGAGAACGGCACCUCGGUGUCCCUGCCGGACAGCUGCUGUGUGAGGCGCAAAGGUUGCAAGAAUCGACCUCUUCUGUCAGACGACAGCGAAGGAGUAACCGCUGCAGGAAUCCAUCCACAUGGAUGCUUCCGCAAAGUCUUCAGUUUGGUCAACGACAACGUCUUCCACAUUGCUGCCACUGUGUUGGGACUGGCCUUCACCCAGAUCGGAGGCAUUGCCCUGGCUUGUCUGCUGGCCAACAAACUAGCACCAAGACAACAUCGUCGUGUGGUGGCGCAUUAAUGGUCCAUUUUAAACCAAGGAUUGACCAGUUUGUAGAUGAUUAGGAUUGGCAAUGAACAAUGUCCUCAAAGAGUGGUAGGGUUGCAAAGUUGGGGGAUGAAAGGUUCCACAAGGUGAAGUACUAUUUAUGGUCUCACAGUGUUAAAUGACUGUCAGUCAGUUGUCAAUUGGUGCAAUCCCAAGGCUUGAAUGGUGCAUGAAACUUCCAGUCAAAUUAUCAAUACGUCAACCAUUUUAGAAAAUAGUCUAUCUGGUAUCAGUGAUAUUAAGUCAAAGGUAAAAGGAUGGAAGUCAGCUACAACUCAGAAACAUUAGAUACAAGCUUUACUUUCAGUUGCGUGCAUCACUAACGGAGAGCUGAAGCUUUAUAGAAACCUGAUGACAUAUUUAGCAGCUUAAAUCAAUUUCCCAUUCACUUUCAAGGUCACCUUUGGAUCAAUCAAGCAACUACAGCAUUGAGAUUUGUUCCUAACUGCAACAAGAAAACGUUCUGAAUUUGAUAAAGUUCUGGUUUUGCGCCCUUGACUGGCAGUUUCUCCAUCCAUUUAUGACAAUUGUAGUAUUUGAAGUCAUCACUAAAGCCUAAAUAAUUAAAACUGAUGGUCAUAACAUUAACCUAUGGUAUUGUAAAAUUAUCCAAAAGACUCCUUUGUUUCUAUGUUGAAGGACCUUAAGGGUAUAAUUAAAAGAAAAUGGGAAUUUAGCAGUAAAAUACUUCAGAAACCAGCAACUCCUCACACUGGUCUUCUACACUGGUUUGCCUGACUCUUUUCUGCACAAUUUGAAAAAAAUACUAAUUUAUUUCAGUGCAAGAGGUUCAAGAUGCAGUAAUACUUCCAAACAAGAGAUGAGAUCACAUAUUGGGCCUUUUAAUCUGAAGAAUUUACAGUUCACAAAAUUAUGAUUUUCUGCCUUUUUUGCUGUAUUAUUUUGCUGUAUUCAGAUAUGUUUAAAUAAUGGCAUGAACUGUUAUCCUUCAUUAUGUAGAAUAUAUAUAAAAAAGAUCAUUUACAGUUGAACUGCUCUCAUAUUGGGUUUUCCUCGUGUUACCAGAUGUAGUAGAUCCACUGAAUGCACAGGAAUGUUCACCA